AUGGCUACUUAUUCCACUAAAGUGUUUGAUCACGGUAACUACGAGUCUUUCAGGCCGUCUUACCCGACUGAAUUCCUCGAGUUGAUUCUCAAGUAUCAUCAGGGCCCAACCAACCGUCUUCUCGAUGUUGGAUGUGGCACGGGACAGGUGACUUUCCCCUUCUCUCGUUACUUCACAACAUCAAUUGGAGUUGAUCCAAGUGAAGGUAUGAUCUCCAGAUGCAAAGCAAAAGAUUCCAGCAACCAGCUUGAAUUCUAUCAAGGAAAAGCAGAGGACUUAAACAUGAUCUCCUCUGCUUCAAUUGACGUCCUCACGGCCGCAGAAUGUGUCCAUUGGAUGGACCCAGCCGGCUUUUUGAAUGAGGCCGCUAGAGUGCUAUCUCCUCAAGGAACUUUAGCAUUCUGGUUGUAUCUCGAACCAAUAUUCAAGGAUAACGUAUUGAACGAGAUCUACCACAAAUAUGUUAUGGGAGACCCUACUCUGAUGAGACACUACUGGGACGAAGGCAAAAGCAGAUUUUAUGACUGGCUCAAAGAUGCUACAGAGCUGGUUAGUAAACAUGAUAAGUUCGAGAAUGUUGAACUGGUCAAGUUUGACCAGCUACAUUUGCCCAAGAAUAAACGGGAGCAGGCGUUGAAAUCCAAAACAUUGGAUGGAAAACCUCUUCUGUUCCUUCAAAAAGAAUGCACUCUUCAAGAGUUUCUUGCUUUCAUCAAUACUUAUAGUCCUCUACCAGCAUGGUACAGAGCGAAUGAAGGUGCAAAGGGAACGGAAAGGGAUAUUAUGUUCCGUCUGGAGACGGACCUAAAAGAGUCUGGAGUCUGGAAGACCACUCAAACCAUUACUUGGGAUACCAUGUAUUGUUUUGCUAAAAAGAAAUCAUAG